UAACGCUAGGUGGGGUGGAAACAUCUUCGAGUUGUCACCUGCCGUUUAUUGGAGUUUAGAUAACUUUAACACUGAACUACGACUGUUGCUACAUUUUGACAGUAGAGAAUAUUCAGUAAUAGAGAAGAGUGUAAGAGGGAGGCUAAUGGUGCAUCCACCUGAAGUUGUUCCUAAUCCUGAACUUCACAGUGUUACCAUAGAACCUGGUAAAGCCUACCGGUUUAAAGUUGAAAAGAGAACCACGAAACUGCUUCCCACUCCGUAUCAAACUAAUUGUUUAGAUUACACAACACUUAACAGAGAGAAGCGAACAAACGCCACAAUGACUCAAGAAAACUGCAUCGACGAGUGCUACAUUGAAACUAUACUUGAUACUUGUGGAUGUACCAAAGCCCGCCUGGCUAUAACCUAUGGUCUGAAUGUAACGAUAUGCUGCGGAAACAAAAGUUUAUCUUCAUGCCUGAGAACCAAUCAGAAAAAACUGGAAGACAUCUGCCAAGCUCGUUGUCGUCUGCCGUGCAAAAAAGAUUUCUUUAUUGUUGACAAUGGUGACUCCUAUAUCUGGCCGCAAGUGCAAGAAGAUAUGGAUGACGAGCUUAACUACUCUACUUUGGAUGACGCAAGGAAGAACAUAGCAUGGGUUCGUGUAUUCUAUGGUACUACAGAACAGAAGGUGUACAUUCACAGGCCAAGACUAGAGGCUAUUGAGAUAUUUAGCCUGGUUGGUGGAUACUUGGGGCUGUGGCUCGGAAUGUCUCUGUUUGACCUUCCUCGGAUAGGGAAAUAUUUAGUGAAGCUAUUCCAAAGUCAAGUAGCAUUUCACUCAAAGUCUUCUCUGUCCAGACAUCAGAGGAGAGUGCGGUUAAAUAAGGGAAAAUACAAUUUUGAAUAUAUUCAAAUUGAAAAGUUGAUGGUGCGACGUAAUGCUACAAAAGAUAAGAUUCUUUAA